AUGAUGUUCCACUCGAGCCUACCCGCCGUGACCCACGAAUACCCCCAGUUCAAGACCCACACCCCCCAGACGGCGUCUCGUCCCCAGGAGAUCGCUCCCGCCGUGUGGCUCGGCUCUUACGCCGCGUUGGACUCCAGCUUCCUUGCCGACAACAACAUCAAGAUCAUCAUCAACUGCUCGCACACCACCUCGUUCCUCGCCCACUUGGCACAGGCGCUGGUGUCGUCAGACGUGAUCAUCCUCAGUCUCGACCCAGCAUUCCUGGCUGAGCUGGUGGCUGGUGCCGACCAGCCACUCGUGGCAGAGUUUCUCGCCACCCACAACCGAGUGUUGCAAAACUAUAUCAACCACUUUUACAUUUAUAACCCGCACGCGCGCAACCUCAUCCAUGAUAUCCCCUCAGCCAAGCUCGACUUUGCGUCGCCCAUCUUGACUGGCAACCUCAAGCUCCAGUUCUUCAACGUGCUCCGGUUGGUGCUGUUGUGCAAGUCGAUCAACUCGUCCAUCCAGGUGUUGUUUGUGAGCGAGACGCGGUCGUCGCUCGCCACGGGGCUUGCCACUGCCUACCUCAUGGACACCUACAACUACAACCUUGCUGCUGGGUUGGAGGGGGUCAAGACGCGUGCGCCUGCGUACGCCACCGACUUGAACCACAACUACUACGACGACUUGCUCAUUAUCGAGAACCUCAAGAAGUUUGGCACCGAGAACGCCUCACUCAGACAAAAGAACCCAGGGGUGUUGAUGGCCAACUGCAGGCUCAAGAGGCGUGGCAGGGACGACGAGGACGAGGAUCUCGAGAUGGACACGCGUGUGGUGGUUGGCGACCGCAAGAGGCGGUUCAGAAACUGGUCCUAG